AUGGAAUGUUGGAAUUCCGGAGCUGCCCUGGCCUUUGCCUACGGGGAGAAGGCGGAUCAGAGAAGGGAAAGCCGUUUCUCUUUUUCCAGCAUCAUGGGUGAGUGGAGUUCAUCCUUUGCUGUGGGCCAUCCCAUUUGCUUUUGUCAUAAGCAGCGCUGGUAUGAUGCUCACGAGGAUCGGGAGGAGGACCCGCUCCGACUGGCCAACAUGAUCCUGGUUGCGAACUGGAGCCUUGAAGACUACUUGGCGUGGCAGGACAAUCUCAACAAAGCGGCUUGGCAGCGACAACGCUCCUACAUGCAGGCUGAUGGCGCCACAGAGCAUAGAGCAUGCGUGUCAAGUGAGAAGUAUCCAAAAAGCAUCGGAAAUGCUGGGAAGAAGGCAGCCAAACGAGCUGCUUGUCAAGAUGAACAGCAGGUGAAGCUUGCUCAAACGAACGACAUGCAGGCAUCACAGGCGAGGGUUGAAGACAUGCUGUCUGAGCCGCGAGUGCAGAUUCUCAUCCUGGGCUCUCUGGAGGAAGACUUCACCACAGCCGUCCACCUGGACUUGCAGGAGCCUCUUCCGGGCGAAGACCCGGCCUUCGUGAAACCUGCGGAGGAAGAAGAGGCGAAGGUGGGCGCAUUGGUGCAGGAUCACACAAUGCCCAAUCCCGUGAAUCCCAUGCAUCCUUUGUGA